AUGAAGUUCAUCACGGCGACAAUCUGUUUCCUAGCAGCCAGUGCCGUCGCACUGCAAGAUCCACGUGCGCCAGUUGACAACAUCCUGCCCCGAGCUGAGGCUGCAUCCUCAACCGCCAAGGCCAAGGCCAAGGCAACAGGCGCCGCAGCUGGCGCGAAGGCAUCGGGCGCAAAGGCACCGGCCGCAAAGGCAACCGGGCCGUCAAGAGCAGCCAGUGCAGGCGCUGCAAAGGCAACAGGCGCGGCCAAGGGCAAGGGCAAGGCCAAGGGCAAGGCCAAUGCUGGAGCCCAGGCUGGAGGAAAAGGGAAGGGCAAGAAGGGCAAGAAGGCAAAGAACGAUGCCUAG